AUGUCUUUUGGAUUUUAUAAUGAAAAUUAUAAAUUAACAACAACAACAAAUAAGAAACAAAACAAUAACAAUAAUAAUUAUUUAUUAAAUGAAGAUAUGAAUUUUAAUAAUAAUGUUGAUUCAGAAAAUUCAUUAUCUAUAAUGAAACCAACACAUUUUAAAAAAUUAAAAUCAUCUUUAAAAUUAUCUUCAAGAAAUAAUUCUUUAACUUCAUCAAUUUCUUCUUCUUCAUCUUCUUCUUCUUCUUCAAAUAAAAAUGUUAGAUUUGCACCUGAAUUAACGACAGUAAAAAAAUUUUGUUCAACUGAUAAACCUUCAUUUAUUUCUUCUUCUUCAUUGAAAAAUUCAAAUAAUUUAAUUCCAUUAGAUGAAUCUUAUCAAAAUUAUUUUUUAAAUGAUAAUCCUAAUAAUAAUCCUAAUAAUAAUAACAAUAGAUUUGAAUUCGAUGAUAAAAUUAAUUCGCAUUUCUUACCGUCAUUUUCUGCUUCUUCUUUACCUUCUUCUUCAUUAUAUUAUACUUCAAAUGGAAGUACAGGUAAUUCUUCAACAAAUUUCCAAUUAGAUUAUGAUUCUGAUUCAAGUAUUGAUGAUGAUGAUUUUAAUUAUAAUUUAAAUCAAAAUGUGGUUGUUAUGAAUAAUAAUAGUAAUAGUAAUGAUAAUAAUACUAUUGUUGAUGAUAAUAAUCAAUAUAAUAAUUUAUUAUCUUCUUCUUCAAAUGGUAAACUUGCUUUGGAUUCAUUUGAUGUAAUUGAUUGGAAUUUAAUUAAUUCAAAUUUAAAUAAUGAUACUGAUGAUGAUAUUAAUAUCCUUUUAACUGGUAAUAAAAAUAUUAAAUUACAUUCUAUUGAACAAAUAAGAGAUAAUCAUAAUAAAAAAACAGAUGAAAUUAUUGGUUCCAUUUAUGUUAAUAAUUUAACAUUUGAAAAAUUCAUUGAAAUUAAAUUUACUUUCACUAAUUGGUCAGAUAUUCAUUAUGUUACCGCAACAUUUAAUAAAUCUAUUACAAAUCAAAUUGAUGAAUUUAAAUUUAAAAUUAAUUUAUCAAGUUUUAAAUAUUUUUUAAAAUUAGAUCAUUUAUUAUUUUCAACUACGGAUUCAAAUUUGCCAACUAAUUGUCCAUUAAAAAUAGAAUUUUGUUGUAGGUAUGAUGUUAAUAAUGAAACUUAUUAUGAUAAUAAUAAUUAUAAAAAUUAUGAAUUAUCAAUAAUGGCAAAAACUCAAAAUUUACUACCAAUUGAAAGAUUUAAUCCAAUUUAUAUGACAAAAGAACAAAUUAAUAAUAAUAAUAAUAAUAAUAAAAAUAAUUUAAAAAAUUCUAUUGUUAAAACUGAUAAUACUAAUUCAUAUUCUUCGACAAAACAAACUAAAAAAUCUUUUUAUUCGGAUUUUUUGGUUUCAACAACUUUAUCUCAUAAGAUUCAUUUAAUGAAUAAUUUUAAAACUAAUAAUACUGCUAGUGGUCAAUCGAAUAAAAAAAGAAUCGUUAACCCAACUAUUUCAAGAAGAUUUUCAGAAGAUACCGAUUAUUAUAAUACAUCUCCUUUAAAACAUCUAUAUCAUAAUGAUACUACUCCAAUUAAUCCAACAAGUUUAAAUAGAGUUUUGGCACCAUCAGAUGAGAAUGAAAUUGAUCAUGAUAAUGAUGACAAUAAUAAUUCAGAUGAUGUCACAAUAAUGACUGGUAAUAAUAUGAGUUAUCCUUCAACAAAUCCUUAUGAAUGUACAGAUGAUGUUGCUCAAUUAUCAUCAUUUCAACCUUUCACUUAUACAGCUACACCUUCACUUUCUUCAUCUUUAUCUUCAUCUUUAAGCGAUUUACCUCAAUUGGAUGAUUAUACAUAUUUCUUUCAAAAUGAAACUACACCAGAUGAACAAUUUCAAUAUAAUCCAAAUUAUAAUUUUGCUGAUUCUUUUACUAAAAGUUUUAGUCAAACAAAAUUAGAAAGUAGUGGUGAUGUUACUGAUGUAUCAAACAACUAUAGAAAUAAUGUCAAUAAUAAUAACGAUGAUGAUAAUGAUGAUGAGCAUAUAGAUCCUUUACAUAUUGGUGAUACGAAUAAUAAUUUUUCAGAUGAUAGACAAAGUAUUAUAACAGAUACACCUCAAAAUAUUUAUUCUAUUGAUUCCCAAUAUGGGGGGAUUGAACAAUCAAAUAAUCCUGAGAUUAUGUUUAUGAACAAUAAUUCAAAUGAAACUCUAAUUAACCAUAAGAAUAAUAUAGUAGAACCUCAUGAUAAUGAUACCAAAUUGGCGAAACCACAAAUAUCAACGUUACGAUCCGAAACUGUGGAUGAACCAUCAGCGUCAAAUUCAAGAUCUUCAUCAAAUUCAUCUUCUUUCUUAUCUGCAUCUAAUGAACUAGAAAAUAGAAGAUGUAGUAAUAUGAGUUCACAAGUCGCUAAUACAAUUACAACAUCAGCCCUUUCUGGGAUUACUGAAUCUAUGGAGCCGCGAGCCCUCAAUUAUAAAACUUUGCUAAAUUCCUAUUGCUUUUUCACUUCUGAUAGAAAACCAACUAUUCAUGAAAGUUAUUUUCAAAAUAAAAAAAUCGCCGAUAAAGAUAAUCCGGUAGAUAAACGCAUAAAUUAUGGUUCAUUGACUCCUUUGGAUAGGAGUGAAUCACCAACCCCUGCAUCUAAAAUAUUAUCCUCUUAG